AAGAAGAUAUCUAAUUUAAAAAGGCAUUUCAUAUUCUCCGAGGGGGUUUUUGACCAAACCUUUGCUUCGGUCCAAUUCUCUCCUGGUGGAAAAAUCACAAAGGUCAAACAGUAAUCAAAUCGUAUGCUGAUUCAUAUCUCUCGCAUGUUAACAGGUACUUUGACUGAUUUCACCCACCAAUUGUGUCACAAAGAGAAAGACUUUUACUUUUAGCACCAUCAAUACUUUGAAAGUUACGAUUGAAACACAUGGAAUGCAAUAAAGACGAGGCGAUUAGGGCAAAAACAAUUGCUGAGAAGAAAUUAUCGGAUAAAGAUUAUGUUGGGGCCAAGAAAUUUAUCCUCAAGGCCCAAACUCUGUAUCCUGGGCUUGAUGGUGUGACUCAAAUGUUAACCACUCUUGAUGUGUAUAUUGCCUCGGAGAAUAUUAUAAGCGAAGAAAUGGAUUGGUAUGGGAUUCUUGGUGCAAACCCAAAUGAUGAUGAUGAAACAAUUAAAAGACAUUAUAGAAAGUUGGCUCUCAUGUUACACCCUGAUAAAAACAAGUCAGUGGGUGCAGAUGGUGCGUUCAAACUUCUUUCAGAAGCAUGGAGUUUGUUGUCUGAUAAAGCUCAGCGGUUAGCUUAUAACCAAAAGUGUAGGAGAGGGCUUCAAGCAAACGGUCCCUCUCAAAGUGGCAGCCCACCAGCAGCUGCCAAUGGAGUCGCAAAACGAGCUACUACAAAGCCAAGCAGCAGCCGGAAUCAUCCUGUUCCUAGAUAUAAUCCGCCAGUGGUCCGCCCUCCAGCCGCUGCUGCUGCACCGCAAGUUGUUUCUCGUAGGACGGAUACGUUUUGGACCAUCUGUCAUGGAUGCAAGAUGCAUUACGAGUAUCUUAAUAAAUACCUUGAUGAAAUCCUUCGUUGUCCCAAUUGUAAUCAGUGUUUUGUAGCCAAAGAAAUGCCACCACCCUCUAACCUUCCAAAUUCAACCGUUCCCCAACGACAUCAGAAUCCGGGACCACCUCCCUCUGGACUUAGCACUGACCCGUCCAUUGCCACGAAAGCAGCAAGUGUUGUUAAGCAAGUCAACGACAGGCUGAAAAGAGAACGUGAAGAAUUGUAUUCUGGGUGGCCCUCAAAAAAGAACAAAGUCGAUGAUGGAAGUCGGUCUUCUGGUGUUAAAAUCAUGUCAACAGGAAAUAUUUUUAAUAAUUUUGUAAAUAGAAGUAGGAGAGAAUUGAGUCCUUUUGAAACGAAGCACAUGCUGAUGAGAAGGGCUCGAGCUGAGAUUCGCAAAAAGUUAAAAGAAUGGGAUUCUAUGGAAAAGUCAAAGGAAAACAAGGUAAGUCAAAAUAGCCAAACACCAGAUCAGCAAGAAGAAGAAGAAGAAGAACAAGUUGCAAUGACUGUUCCUGAUCCUGAUUUUCAUGAUUUUGACCUGGAUCGAACGGAAAAUUCAUUUGAAGAUAACCAAGUUUGGUCUGCUUACGAUGACGAUGAUGGAAUGCCGCGCUUCUAUGCGUUAAUCCACAAGGUGCUUUCACGUAAGCCACUUAAGAUGAAAAUCAGCUGGCUAAACUCAAAAACCACCGCAGAAUUUGGCUCGUUUGACUGGUUGGGUUACGGCUUCCGCAAGACGUUAGGGGAAUUCAGAAUCGGGAGGCAUGAAGUCAACACGUCUUUAAAUUCAUUCUCUCAAAAAGUCGAGUGGAAAAGAUCUCCACGCGGAACUGUUAUAAUUCUCCCAAGAAAAGGGCAAGUGUGGGCCCUUUAUAGAAACUGGUCCCGAGACUGGAAUGAGAGUAUACCAGAUGAUGUGAUUCAUAAAUAUGACAUGGUACAGGUUCUUGAAGACUACAAUGAAGAACAAGGCGUUCCCGUUAGCCCUCUUAUCAAGUUUGCUGGAUUUAGGACCGUCUUUCAUCCACAAACUGAAGUGAAAGUGAUUCCCAAAGAAGAAAUGUUUCGAUUCUCACAUCAAGUCCCUAUGUACCUGUUGACGGGCUCAGAGGCCCAUAAUUCUCCAAAAGAUUGCCUCGAGCUCGAUCCCGCAGCUACCCCGUUGGAUCUCAUUCAAGAAUCGACAGGAACUAAUGAUAAUUCGCAGCAGAAAUGAUGUGAAGAAAUUAAGCAAAGAGUGAAGGUAAGUUUACUUUUUUGGAAUAGUUUAGUUUUGUAUGGAGGAAUUUUGUUCUUCAUAUUAUUUUUAUAAAGUGGGUUAACUAUCUAUGAGCGUAUAGAACAGAAUCUGUAGGAAAUAUUUUGUUUAUUAGCUCCUAAAUCAGAACUAAUUCUACUUCUGCAUUAAAAGUGUUCAUACAUGAUACCCUAUCCUAGUUCUGGCUUCAGUUUAGUUUUUAUUC